CAAACGCAGAACGGAGGUCACCCCAUUCUCUCUUUUUCAAUCUGUGUGUGGCUUCAGUUUCUCAGUUCUCCCCCUGUAUAAAUUAAAUUAAAAAAAAAAAAAAAAAACCCUCAAAAAUACAUAGUUAUUAUCAAUUAGCGUGGGUUUGUUUUUUUGUCCGGUUCGGAUCCGAAAUCCGAAAACUUUCUCUACCUAGCUCCACUUCCCCAUGCUCUGAAAGACCUGAUCCGGCAGUCGCGGGCAUGGAGCGGAUCGUCGGCGGCAAGUACAAACUCGGCCGUAAGAUCGGUAGCGGAUCGUUUGGUGAAAUCUAUCUCGCUACGCAUAUCGAUACGUUUGAGAUCGUCGCUGUUAAGAUUGAAAAUAGUAAAACAAAGCACCCCCAAUUGCUUUAUGAGGCCAAGUUAUACAAUAUCCUUCAAGGAGGAAGUGGAAUUCCAGGCAUAAAAUGGUCUGGCAUAGAUGGGGAGGACAAUGUGCUGGUUCUUGAUUUGCUAGGACCGAGUCUAGAGGAUUUGUUUGUGUAUUGUGGGAGAAAGUUUUCCCUGAAGACAGUCUUAAUGUUGGCUGAUCAAAUGAUUACUAGAAUUGAAUACGCUCACUCCAAAGGUUUCCUGCAUAGAGAUAUUAAACCAGACAACUUUCUCAUGGGUCUUGGUCGAAAAGCAAACCAGGUUUACAUAAUUGACUUUGGGCUUGCAAAAAGAUACCGAGACUCAACAACCAAUCGCCACAUUCCUUAUAGGGAGAACAAAAACUUAACAGGGACUGCACGAUAUGCAAGCUGCAAUACUCAUCUUGGAAUUGAGCAAAGUCGGAGGGAUGAUUUGGAAUCACUUGGAUAUGUUCUUCUAUAUUUCUUGAGAGGAAGCCUUCCGUGGCAGGGAUUAAAGGCUGCCACAAAGAAACAAAAAUAUGACAAGAUAUGUGAGAAGAAGCUAUCAACUCCCAUUGAGGUUUUAUGUAAAUCUCAUCCGGUGGAGUUUGCAUCGUAUUUCCAUUACUGCCACUCGUUGACAUUUGAUCAGCGACCAGAUUAUGGUUUCUUGAAACGUCUAUUCCGUGAUUUGUUUGCUCGUGAAGGAUAUGAAUUUGAUUACAUAUUUGACUGGACUAUCAUAAAGUACCAGCAGGCACAAAAGAAUAGAACACAAUCCCGAUUAUCUCCAGUUCCUGGAGGGAGCAACAGUCAUGCAAUGCCAAUGGAUGUGGACAAUCGACAAGUGGCUGGAGGUGUCAAUGCUUCUUAUUCAGCUGAUGUCACAGAGCGCAUUAGAUCAAGCAAUGCUACUGGUCCUGGAAUUCGCAUGCAAUUUAAAGCUCCAGCAACCAAGAAUUUAAAUUAUGACAAUCCUCUUGAGAAGAAUAUUGUGAGUGAAGCAUUUAUGCCAUCUACUUCUCAUUCACUUGCUGGUACCUCAAGAAAGAACACCCAGAAACCUCUUUUAUCCUCUGAAGCAGCAAAUACUGGUCAUGGAAAUGCCAACAAAGUAGGUCCAUCAAGUAGCUGGAUUUCAUCGCUUCAGCGCAUCUCUUCUGCCAAGUGAUUGAUGUGCUGCAGAUCAGGUUAACAAAAUUCUAGCAGUAUAUCUACAAAGCUGCAGCUGCAGAUGUGAGGUGACUUUGGUCUUUUCUGCAUUGUAUCUAUCUAGAAGAUUUCAGGGAUGCAUCCAUGGAGACUGGAAACGUGCUGUUAAUUUGAUGAAUUACAAUAGUUCCCCAGUUAGUGCCAGCCCGCAUUAUUUUUCCUUAAGGUGACUACAAAUGCAUUGGUUGUUAUAAAAUACAGACUACCGAAAGCUUGGCUUCUGUGCUGUACAUAGAGCUAUAAGUGGCGCACAGCAAUGUUGUAUUCAUGUUUCUUGUGUAAUGUGAAUGAUGUGUGAAAGUAUUUUUUCCCUCAUUUUUCGCAAUAGAUGAUAAAUUCUGUCUGUCAUAAGAUGGUUGUUGAAGCAUUUGCUUAUUUUGCUUGAUCCCUGCUUUUGAGUUGCUGGUGUAAUCUCAAGGAUUUAAUAUCUUCCAACUGGAGCCUCUGGUGUUACUGGAGCACUCUUAAGCAUUGUUACCAAAUUCUUAUUAAUAUGGAAAAGAGUUUGCAGUGUUCUACCUA